AUGUUUAAAUUGAAAAACAGUUAUGCGAGGCGUACCUCCCCACGAACGCGUAUACACUCUGCGGACGCGGCCGCCUUCUUACUUCCACCUUCGCCGCUGAGCCUCGCCUCGAGCGGGGACAAGUCGGCCGCGCACGCGCAUUCCCCUUCCCUGGAGCGGCCGCCCAGUCAGACCACGGCCACGUUCGUGUGCUACGUGUGCGGUGUCUCGGCGCCCAGUUCGCAGCUUCGGCUGGUGUACUGCUGUCCCAACCCGGAGAGAGAACCCUACUACCCUUUUAUAUAUAACCUCAAACCCCACCCCGACGCGAGCCCUAUUAGUCCACAGGGAAUGGUGCAGAUCUGCGCGUCGUGCAACAAGAGCAUCCCGCACAAGCAUCCCGCCUUCAGCGAAAACGGAGAUGUCAACCUCAACAAUGCGCACACGAACAAUAAUAUUAGGUUUAAGCCGUACGAGAUGAAGAGCUCGGGCGGGGCCACGAAGCGGCCGUCCAGCGCGCUGGCGGCCAGCCCUCACUCGCACUCGGUCAGCGGAGAGAACGGGCUGGGCCUGUACAGGUGCUACGUGUGCGCGGGGCUGUUCCCGCAGCAGUCCAUGGAGUGGCUGUCGACGAGCGCCGAGUACAUGAACUCGCACGCCAUGCACUUUCCGUGCCUGGCCGUGUGCGGAGCGGGGGCGGGGCCGGGCGCCGCGGGGCCGCGGGGCGGGAGGGUGCUCUCCUGCUCGCGCUGCGUGCGCCACUUGGCCCGCCAGUGGGAACUCAUGGACGCCGAGCGGGUGCCGCUGGAGCACCGGCGCUACAACAUCCCGUCCCCCCUGCCCUCCAACUCCUCGGUCGGCGGCGAGAGGAUCAUCCCCACGCCGCCCUCCACCGCCUCGGACCGGACCGUGGCCAGCAAUAGCGCGUGCACGUCGAUCUACUGCUUCCUGUGCGGGUUGCACUCGGACUUCACGCUGGCGCGGAUCCUGUACGGCCAGCCGCAGGGCAACGCGCCCUACUUCCCUUGUCUGCUCACGCAUCAGAGUCAUCCAAACGCGGAACAGUUGCGCGAGAACGGUUCCGCCCUAGUCUGUACCUUCUGUUACCAUUCCUUGCUCAGUCAGUGGAGGAGAUACGAAGAGAGCGGCAACUUCCCGGCCGAGAGACGCGCCUACAACACGCACGACUACCAUUGCCACCUCUGCGCGGUCAAGACCUACAGGAAGCGGGUGCGGGCCUUGCCCAUCAAGGAAUUUCCCUUCUUGAGCCAGAGGAGAACCGAGAACUCGUUGUUGUUGGAGAACGGUGACUACGCCGUCGUGUGCUUGGACUGCUACGAGAGCUUGAGGACGCAGGCGCAGGACUACGAGCGCCGAGGCGUGCCCGUGGAGAAGCGCGAGUACAACUGGCUGCAGCAGCCUCCGCCGCCCGAGGACAGCGCCGACGUCACCAUCGCCCGACUGCCCUCGGGAGACCGCUCCGACAAGCUGAUUCCGCAGUCCCUGGUGGUGGGUCGCGGCAAGCGUCACAGUCCCAGCGGGAAGCCUCCGCCCGAGCGCAGACCCACUCCCGCGCACCACAAGAUCGACAAGCACGACGCAGGAUCUGGUAGAUCAAAAAUCGACCUUCGAUCUCCGACAGUCUCCUUUCUAGGGCAUAGGAUGUUUGAUAGAAUGACAAAUAAUUUUACACUGAGUAAAGAGGUGGAAAAGCGUCUGUCCCAAAUACGGCUAGCACUGCGGGUUUUAAUGAGAGACGAGGAGCCGGGCUACCGCUGCCGUAUAUUGGUGUAA